AUGAACAUCACCUUCCUCCCCUCCUUCUCAUCAAAAUCCAAGCCCUACUUCAGCCUCCCCCAAGCCGAAGAUGGCGAACCCCUUAAACCCCAGCAAGAAAAGGAAGGCCAACGACGGGGGGCAUCUCUCUGGCCCAGCAAAGCCCUAAGCUUCUGGAUUUUUAUGUCUCUCUUCUUCGCCUGCACAACGACCUGGUUAACCGCCGAACUACACGCCGUGAGGAAGCAGGGGAGUUUCGCGAAGGGGUUUAGGAAUGAACUUGAUGCCGCCAAACACCUGAUAAAAGUCAAAACAGUAGACUUCGGCGGGAGUCCCCGGUUCAAAGAGGACGGCACGGAGUAUGUACCUGGCCCAAAUGAUGGCGAGGCUCAUGAGGCGUAUGUGGGCACGCCGAGGAGGGAGAUUGAUCAUAAUUGGGCUUUGUUGCACUGGGGCCGGUUCUUCCUCUUGACGGAAGAGGAAGCGAAAAGCGCUUGGGGGGAUGAAUACAAGGAGUUUUGGAGCCCUAAGCAUGGGGGGUAUGUGGCUGCCCUAGAAGUAAUGCACACCCUCCACUGCCUCGACCACAUCCGCAAAGCCUUCUACCCCGAUCACUACCCCGUAGACAGCGACAUCCACGGCGCCUUACACAGGGACCACUGUCUCGACCACCUCCGGCAAACCGUUUUGUGUAAUGCCGACCUGACGCCCAUCCCGUCGCGGUACUACAAGGCGCUGGGGCAGAACUAUAUCGACUCUGAUCGCCCGCAUACGUGUCGCGACUUCGGGAAGAUUAGGGAGUGGGUGAGCGAGAGGUUUAAUGGGAGUCUGAAAGUUGAGCCUGCUCCCGGAACGGUGGUGGAGGAUGAGUGGAGGAACGGAGGGCCUAGUGGGGGGGCUAUGGGGAUGGGACAUGGGCAUGAGCAUGGAGGGCAUGGAGGGCAUGGGCGUGCUGAGGAGGAGGGCGGGAAGGGGGUUGAGGGUGGACAUGUACCACCUGCCGACGGGAUGUAG